GCAGUCGAACAAUUCUCCUAACAAGGAAAGAAGUAGAAAUGGCUACCCCGUGUCCUUCGGAAAAUUCACAAGUCUACAUGAAUCUACCAUUCAACUUUGAGCCCUGUGCUUGGAGACUACUUGGGAAAAAGAAGCCUCUUCCUCUUCCUCUUCCUUGUCCUCGUCCUCCUCCUCCUCCUCCAUGGCACCACAAUACAUAUAUGAUGUCUUCUUGAGUUUCAGCGGGUUCGAUACCCGCAACAAUUUUACCAGCCAUCUUUUAGCCGCUUUAGAGCAACAUGGCAUUCAUACAUUCAGAGACGACAGAAAGCUCAACAAAGGAGAGUAUAUUCGCUAUGAACUUCUGAAGGCAAUUGAGGAAUCGAGAAUUUCGCUGGUCGUUCUCUCAAAAAGUUAUGCCACAUCUAGCUGGUGCCUUGACGAACUUGUGAAGAUCAUGGAGUGCAAAAAGGCCUUGCAACAGAUUGUUCUGCCGAUAUUUUAUUACGUCGAGCCAUCCGAUGUGAGGGUGCAGAAGGGGAGUCUUGCAGAAGCAUUUUCCAAGCACGAAGAGUGUUUUAAAAAGGGUUCAGAUGGCAGGGUGGAGAAGUGGAGGGAAGCUCUCACUGAGGUUGCCAAUUUGUCCGGUUGGGAUGUGCCAAAGGUGGCCAAUGGUGACGAAGCACACUUAAUUCGGCAAGUCGUUGAAGAGGUUCAAAAGAAAUUAUAUCUUGCUCAUGUUCAUGUUGCAUGCCACCAAAUUGGACCAGAGUCUCGUCUUCAAAAACUCAAGAAGAAGUUGAAAACGGAACGAGAUGAUGUUCGCAUUGUUGCAAUAUGGGGGAUUGGUGGAAUUGGUAAGACAACAAUAGCUAAAAAGUUAUAUAAUCUCAUCCAACAUGAGUUUGAAGGUUUGUCCAUGGCUUCUUCUUCCUCUGCCAACACCGCGAAUGACUAUCCUACUUAUCCUACUUGCAAGUGUGGGAAGGCAGCCCCCCUUCGAAGGUCAAAAGCUAUUCCAAAUCAAGGAAGAAGAUUCUUAGGGUGUGCCAAUUAUGAGAUACGGCAAAAAAGAUGCAACUACUUCCAUUGGGUUGAUCCACCCACUAGAGAGAAAGAAUUGGAGGCAAAGAAGGUUGGGCUUGGGCGAAACAGUGAGGACAUGGGAAAGAUGAUCCAACAACUAAGCAAAGAGAAGAAGAAGCUGAAGAAGAAAAUGAUGGCACAGGAGGCUAAAGUGAACUUGAAGAAGAAGUUGAUGGCACAAGAGGCUAAAGUGAACUUGAAGAAGAAGUUGAUGGCCCAAGAGGCUAAAGCCAACUCCUACAAAAUGAAGUGCAUGAUGCUAAUAGUUGCAUGCAUCAUUCUGUGGUUAACAAUUAUACUGUUUAAGAGUGUGACAAACAACAGCAAUCUCAAGUUAUAUUAUUAAUUAGUGAGUUGAUUCUGUUUCUGUUAAGAGUGUGAAGAGAGUGUACCUACAACUCUUCUUCAAGUAAUCACGAAGUCCUACUCCUAUAUAUAGGAUUUCCAAGUCAUUCCGAAGUACUCCUAUAAGAU